AUGCCUGUCAAGCUCUCACAAAUAGACCCUAUUUACAUUGUUGCUGUUGCCCGUACACCGCUAGGUUCCUUCCAGGGCGGCCUCUCCUCCCUAGGGUACAAAGACCUCGGGAUUCAUGCCGUGAAGGCGGCGCUUGCACAGGUCCCGCAAAUCUUGCCUGCGCAGGUUGACGAGAUCAUUUUUGGUGCUGUGUUGCAGGCAAACUUGGGCCAGAACCCUGCCCGUCAGGUUGCCCUCGGUUCGGGGUUGGGCAAGCACACCGUGGCCACCACCGUCAACAAGGUGUGUGCCUCGGGUAUGAAGACCAUUAUCAUGGCUGCCCAGUCUAUCAUUACCGGUUCUGCGGAUAUCGUCGUUGCGGGUGGAGCUGAAUCCAUGUCGAAUGCUCCAUAUUACCUUCCGGAUGCUCGUAAGGGUGCCCGUUAUGGUAACUCCGUUGCCAUCGACGGGAUCCAAAGAGACGGAUUGAGUGACGCUUACGAUGGCUCCCUCAUGGGGGUCUGCGGUGAAGACUGUGCCAGGAAACACAACUUUUCGCGUGAGGAGCAGGACCAGUUUGCAAUUGACUCGUACAAGAAGGCCCAGCAGGCCCACCAGAAGGGCAAGUACGCCAAGGAGAUCGCACCUGUCACCAUCAAGGGCGCCAGAGGCAAGCCAGACCAGGUGAUCACGAUUGAUGAAGAAGUCCCAAAGUUGAAUGAAGCCAAGUUAAAGCUGUUGAAUCCAGCCUUUGUGCCAAAGGGUGCGAAGGGGACCAUUACCGCUGGCAACGCGCCUCCAAUCAGUGACGGUGGUGCCGCGGUGAUUGUCUGUUCUGCUGCUAAGGUGCGUGAGCUAGGGUUGAAGCCGAUUGCGGUGAUCCGAGGCUGGGGUGAAGCCGAGAGAAUUCCAAUUGAGUUCCCAGAAGCUCCAUCUGACGCGGUGGUGAAGGCCCUUGCGCAUGCAGGGGAUCUUUCGGUGAAGGAUAUCGAUUUUGUUGAGUUGAAUGAAGCAUUUGCUGUGGUUGGGUUGGCCAACACCAAGAUCUUGGGCUUGCGUAAGGAGCUGGUGAAUGUGUAUGGUGGUGCUGUAGCCAUGGGUCACCCAAUUGGUUGCUCCGGUGCACGUAUUGUGAUUACUUUGACUUCGGUUUUGAGGCAAGAGGGUGGGAAAAUCGGUGUUGCCGGUAUCUGCAACGGUGGUGGCGGUGCCUCUGCCAUUGUCAUAGAAAGAGUCGAAGAGGCCGAUGGUGUUCCAUCCCGUCUCUAA